AUGGAUGCUUUUCAAAAAUUACUAUUUGAAUUAAAAUAUAGUAUCAAACAAGAUAGGCUAAGAGUAAUCAAGAAAGUCUUAUAUGAAGAUUCUAAUAUUCACAUUUAUUUUGUAAUACCAAAGGAUAAAUUUGGAAAUUUUAAAACAAAAUUGCCUUAUAAAAAUAAGUGA